UUUCUCACAAAAUUCCCACCCCAAAAAGCUUUCUCCCUUUAGAAGAUAAACACAACAUGCAACAACAAGAUUAUUUCCAAGAAAACUUUGAUUUUUGCCAAUACUUAACCAAAAAUAAACCAUCAUCAAGUGAUCAUAACAAUAUGAAGAUGGGAGAAUAUACAUAUGGUUUUGAUAUUAAAGGUAUUAAAAACUUUUGUAGCUCCUCAUCAAUUUACCCUCAUCAUAUGGAAUUUCAAGAAACUAUAGAGAAUAAUAAUAAUACACCAGAAGCUAGAGCUAUAAAUCAUAAAGAAGCAGAAAGAAGAAGAAGACAAAGGAUUAAUUCUCAUCUUCAUACCCUAAGAACCCUACUUUCUUGCAAUUCUAAGACAGAUAAAGCUUCAUUACUAGCCAAAGUGGUUCAACGUGUGAGGGAACUCAAAGAACAAACUUCAAAAAUCAUGCAAAGUGAAACAAACUUCCCUUCUGAAACUGAUGAAAUCACUGUGUUAUCAUCAAAUGAUUGUUUAGAAGAUGGAAGAUCACUCAUCAAGGCAUCUCUUUGUUGCGAAGAUCGAUUGAAUCUCAUCCCUGACCUAAUCGAAACCCUAAAAUCGCUCGGUUUGAGUCCUCUAAGAGCUGAAAUGGUCACAUUAGGAGGGAGAAUUCGUAACGUGGUUAUACUAGCUGUUGAUCAUCGUAAGGAGAGUAAUAAUAACAGUACUGAUGAUGACGCGGAGGAGGAGGAGUCUCUUUUGUUGUUGAGAGAUGCUUUGAGGUCUAUAAUUCAACGUUCGAGUUAUGGGAGUACUGGUGAAAGGGGUAAAAAACGAAGAGUACUAAAACAUGGAACAACAAAUUACUAGGGUACGGUGAUCUAUAGGUCACAGGUUCGUCAAUCUGUAUAAAUACCAGAUGCUUCGUGCAUCGAAUUGUCUUUUCUUUGGCUUGCAUGGUUUAUAUUUGGAUAGCCACAUGCACUUUUUUCUUAAUGUUUAUGCUAAAUAUGUACUAUCGUAAGUAACUUUGAGUUAUAUAUGAUUUGUAAUACAAGUAAAUUGAAGAGUAUUGGUUCAAUGAACAACAAA